AUGCCAUGGGAAAUUGCAGAGAGACCACUACUAAGUAUCAAAUACGGAAGAGGUAAUUUGACAAUGCGGCAAAACGGAGUCGACGAGAACGAGACUACGUAUACAGAGAAAGGUAAAAGGAGGCUAAUAGACUUGCUGUGCAUUCUCGGCGUCAAAUGGAAGCCGAAUAGAGAGAUCGAGAACGACAAGCGAGUACCGAAGCCAUGCAAAUCCGAUGCCGAAGAAGUCCUAAUUACAGGUGUAAUGAAAGGGAAACAAACAGAGAGGCGAUGA